AUGUGUGCUCUUGUGAACGGCGCCAAAGUGGCUGUCGUUGCUACUUCGUCAUCGCCUUUGACGUUGGUUGCAAUUAAUGUCAACUACGGCCAGACGAGAAAAUCAUCCUUGACAGGACACGCAGAGGCUUGUGGGCAGGAGUUGGACGCAGUCAUCUUGACGAACGCGGAGUCCAAGCUGGCGACGUAUUGCGUGGAAGAAGGCGCUCCUGCGCCAGCGCAGCGCAGGUUGAAGCCGAAGCUAUUCUCCGCAAUCUCCGCAAUGGUUGCCAGCGCAACACCUGAGGAGUGGUUCCAUCGACGCUCGGGCGAUUGGAACCAGGUCCGAAAUGCUGACAAGUUGCCUGGAGACUGGUCUGGCCGAUGCGGGUUUGGCUUGCUGGGGAAUUUUGAUGAGGCCUACGACUUCCUGCUCAGCUUGGGUCUCUUGUCCGAUGGGCCUGCAUCCAAGGAGAAAGCCAAGGAACCCGUACCAGAGUGCCUUCAACAAGCUCUUGCAGUUUGGAACCAGCGCGCCACGAAAACGAACGGGCGCUAUGGAGAGAAGCUUGCUAGAACCAUUAGCAUGGGGAUCACUUGCAAUAUGCACCCUGCGCAAUACAUCCCUAUAUGGAAAGAGGCGAGGAGUUUCCCGGCACCGAUGGGUUCCCUCUCACACGAAACUGCGGAACUGCUGGGCAUAGCCAAAGAGGCUGCUUCGCCAGAUGCUGCUGCUCAGGAGUGGAAAGACGUUGGUCUUGAAGAAGAAAAAGCAGUGCAGCUCACCCAGAAUGCAGCGGGCGACUAUGUCCCACCAGAAGAUGGGUACCCUGUGAGGCUCUUGGAUGGCAAGAUGAGCCGCCUACGGUUCAAACGUUCUCCUCCAUCAACAUCUGGGUUUGAAGCUCAGUGGCGCGUUGCCAACAGAAGCUUUGCCAUUCCAGCAGAGUGCUCCCUGAUG